AACUGUCGGUGGUGAUCCUAAAAUACACGCAGUGAAAGUGUGAUUGUGUGUGUUUGCGUGUAUCGAUAAUCAUGAUUAAUCAAUCAAAAGCGUGCUCAUUAUUCUAAUUAUUCUCUACAUUUUCAUAUAUAAAACCUAAAAAUAGGAAGAAAAAAACUCAUAAGCGCCAACCAUAAAACACAGCAGAGCACACACUUAUUACUGCUCACUCUCACUUUCUCUCUCUAAAUCUACAGAUACAUUUAUAUAUAUAUAUAUAGAGAGAGAGAGAGAGUGUGUGUGUGUGUGUGUUUGAGGAAAGUGACUGAGAGAUCUGAAUCAAUGGCUGUGGAUCCGAGACAAGUACUGGCUGGGGUGUUGACGAUGACGAUGUUUGUAAUGCUUGGCAACAUGAUUAAGCGCGACCACUUCGAUUCUGCUCAUCCGGCUGUUCAUAAUACGAAUAAAGCUUCGGACCAUGGCCUUGCUAGCGUUACUAAAGGGGCUGAUGGCCCUUGGAAAGAAGAUGGCUUGAGCUUGAAGCAAUGUUGGCAAAAGCCAAUCUUGGAGGAGGCAAUUGACUCGCAAGGGUACGUCACCUUCUCGUUAACUAACGGCCCAGAAUACCAUGUCUCUCAGAUUUCCGAUGCAGUAGUAGUUGCUAGAUAUCUACGGGCAACACUUGUAAUCCCAGAAAUCAGAGGAAGUGAACCCGGUGACAAAAGGAACUUUCAAGAUGUCUAUGAUGUGGAAAAAUUCAUCGCAAGCCUAGAUGGUGUGGUCAAAGUUGUUAAAUCGAAGCCUAAGAUAUCAGCUAAAAAUCUUGCAGUAGUGAAAAUCCCUAAUCGGGUUACUGAAGAAUAUAUAGCAGAAAACAUAGAAACGGUUUUCAGAACCAAAGGAAACAUAAGGCUAGUUACUUACUUCCCAUCAGUGAACAUGAAAAAGAACAAAGAGAGGACCAAAACAGACUCUACUGCAUGUUUGGCCAUGUUUGGAACUCUUGAGCCCCAAUCAGAAGUUCGUGAAGUGGUUGACUCCAUGAUUGACCGCCUAAGAACAGUCAGUAAAAAGUCAAACGGACAGUUUGUGGCUGUUGACUUGAGGGUUGACAUUUUGGAGAAAAAGAGCUGUCUCAAAAUCAGCGGCUCUGGAUCCAAAAGUUGUUAUAGUCCGCAAGAGGUAGCUAUCUUCUUGAAGAAGAUUGGCUUUGGAAAGGAUACAACUGUGUAUGUGACUCAAACGAAAUGGCAUAGCAGCCUCGAUGCUCUGAAGGACUUCUUCCCAAGAACAUAUACUAAGGAAUUUCUAAUGCCCAUGGAGAAAAAAGACAAGUUUCUAGACUCUGAGUCUUCCGAAUUUCAGAAGGUAAUUGACUACUACAUUUGUUCCGAGAGUGAUGUAUUUGUUCCAGCUAUAUCGGGACUGUUUUACGCAAAUGUUGCUGGAAGGAGAAUAGCUUCCGGGCAGACUCAGAUACUUGUGCCUGCAAAUAUCCCUACUUCUUCUGCGGCUUCUGAAGAAUUCUUGUCACAUUAUGUUUCAAAAAAGAACCACUUUGCGUACUCAUGUUUUUGCUAAUUCAAGGAAACGGGCGAUCGAUUCUCCCAAUAUCAAAUUCAUUUAAAUGUUGUAUUUAUAAACUGGGGGAAAAGGUUUGUUUGGAAAUGUAUUGUUUUCGAUUUUAAGCAGAAGAUACAACUCUUUGUGAUUUGCCUAAAGGGGUUUUUGGUAGGCUGUGUACUUCUUAUAAUGUAACAGUUGAAGGUAUUUGGUUGUGUUGUAAAACAUUGUGUUUGUCGAUGA